AGACACCGAGUGAGAGGAGAGAGGGUACAGAAGAUCCUGAUCAAAAAAGGUGCUUGUUUCUCCAUCAGCCUUCAACGAUGGCUGCCACCACACCAGUCCAUUCUCUGCUUCUCAUACUCGUCUCCUUCUCUCUUCUUCUUCAUCUUCCCUGUCCAUUCAACACCCAGAAACCACUCAGGCCCUGCAACUUCAAUGCAAUAUACCAACUGGGUGAUUCAUUAUCUGACACAGGCAAUCUGAUUAUUCAAAACCCAGCUUCUCGUUUCGCUAGGCUCCCAUAUGGACAAACUUUCUUCAAAAAACCAACGGGCCGGUGCUCCAAUGGCUUGUUGAUGAUAGAUUACAUUGUUAUGAACUCUGAAACGAAUCAUAUUUGCUUCCCUUUCGAGAUGUUAACAAAAGAAAUUCCGGGAUUUGCUUAAUUACCUCAUUUUGCAUAAAUCCGUGCGGUUGUUUGUUGCAGCAUUUGCAGCCGGGCUUCGUUUUCUUGAUCCUUACUUGAACAAAGAUGCACAUCUCAGUAAAGUUCUAGGAGUGAAUUUUGCAGUGGCUGGUUCUACAGCUUUGCCUAUUGAUGUUCUUGCAGAAAUGAAUAUAUCUUCCUCAAUGACAAAUAGCUCUCUCAAUAUACAACUGGAGUGGAUGGAUACCCAUUUCAAUUCAAUCUGUUUCAGUGCUAGAGACUGUGCUAAGAAGCUUAAGAGUUCUCUGUUCAUGAUGGGGGAGAUUGGUGGGAAUGACUAUAGCUAUGCAAUUUUACAAGGCCAAAAAACCAUCAAGGAGGCCGCCAACAUGGUUCCACAAGUAGUCCAAGCCAUAAAAGAUGCUCUCAAAAAAGUCCUUGGUUAUGGAGCUUUGAGAGUGGUUGUCCCGGGAAAUUUCCCAACUGGGUGUCGACCAAUAUACCUUACAAGUUUCCAAACCAAUGAUUCCUCUGCUUAUGAUGAGUAUCACUGCCUAAAGGGAUUGAAUGAACUUUCAAUUUAUCACAAUGAUCAUCUCAAAAAGGCCAUUGAUGAGUUGAAGCAAGGGCACCCAAAUGUUACCAUCAAAUAUGGUGAUUACUACAAUGCAUUCAUGUGGCUACUCCGUCAUGCUUCUAACUUAGGUUUUGAUGCUUCAUCUCUGCAAAAGUCUUGCUGUGGCAUUGGAGGUGACUAUAACUACAACAGAGCAAAACCAUGUGGAGCUAGUGGAGUACCAGUGUGUUCUAACCCUGACCAACACAUUAUAUGGGACGGAGUUCAUCUCACACAAAAGGCUUACUACUAUGUUUCACAUUGGCUCAUACAAGAUUUCUUACGGCAGCUUUGCUGUGGUAUUUGAGUUUGGUUUCAACUCGUGAAGGUUAGAGGAAUGAGUACAGUCUAGUUGAAUUUGAUCAGGGGCUAAUAAUAGCAUGCUCAAACAAUUCUUGUUUAACGAUUGCAAACAUUUGCACAUUUGUCAUUUUUUUUUUAAAUGUUAUAAUUUCAUAUACAUAUGAAAUCAACUUGACACAAAAAUUUUAGGUU